AUGGCUGAAAGUCUAACACAACAGGGAGGUCAAAUUCCAAUUCGUGUAAAGGGACAGAAUUCAUGUAUGUAUCACCAUGGGAAAUCAUCGGUGUUGUUUUGUGAAAAUUGUCAAGACGUUGCCUGUACCGAAUGUACGUCUUCGAUUCACAGCGGUCAUGACUUUUUGACUCUGAGUAACGUUUCUGCAAAGAAGAAAAAGAAACUACAAAAGUUAAUAGGCAAAAAUGAAACAAAUGGCCUUCCUUCAAUAAGGAAAAGUAUUAAGUCUAUUGACGCCGAGAUCAAGGAAACCGAAGCCACAUUUGAAAGCCUUGCCGCGGACGUAACGAAACAGAGAGAUAAACUAAAGCGGAAGAUAGAUUUUCUUGCAGACCAAACACUCGCUGUGUACGAGAAACUAAAAAUAGAAAACGUGACUCUAUUGAAAGACUACAAGAUAGAACACGAAAACCAAUUCGCGAUGCUAAAGAGUCAGAUAGAGGAAUGUAGGACUCUGAUCCAGACUGGUGAUGAUAUCACCGUGUAUGACAGUGAUGCCAAUAUUGAAUCCCCAGUAGCGUUGCCAGUAAAGCCGACACUAAACACGGCCAGUUUUUCUGCGAACCUAAUGCCGCUUGACAACCUCAAACACGCGUUCGGUACAGUGACGAAAGACAAAAAUCCUAGUAAUGUCCCGUUGGUAAGAAAUCCUGGCAAUGAAGUACCCAAGGACAAGGAAGAAGCAUCAGAACAACAAACAGGUAAAUUACCCGAAGUUGUCGUCUCCCCGACAGAACAACGAGCUGCAAAAUCUGAUAAACAACAGUCAGAAUCAUCUCCAAAACUUCAACCCGCUUCAAACCAGCCAUGUAAACCUUUUAGACAACCUGAAGAGGAGAAUCGAACCCCCGUUAUAGCACAUCCUUGGUCAUCUAGACCGUUGCGUAAUCAGUCGAGAAGGAAGAAGGCGAGGAAUAAGCAACCCCUAUCUCAGCAGCGUCCACAAAACAAUUCCGUGCAGCAGCUUGUGGAAAGGGAAAUCAUCAUUCCUAUUACUGUGAUUUCGAUGAUGCGAAAUGGUGGCAUAAGGAUGAAGAAUACUUACAUAAAAGCCAUCCCCGAAAUCAAUAUGCAACUGACCGUGCUGUUCGACUGUGUUUUGUUUUUUGCUGCUUCCGAUGCAUUCCAAGUGAAAUCUAAAUCUGAUCAGGAGAUCGCCAACACUUUGCGCAUGGCGACUCUGGCCAGAAGUAAGAUUUAUUGGUCAUCUUGGUGA